AAAUAGUUGGGCAGCCGGGUCUGGUGUUCAGUGCAAGCAGGUCUGUCAACGACAUCCCAUCAAUCCCAGCUCCAAACAUCCGCAGUCAACAUGAAGUUCUUGCUCCUGAGCGUGUUCCUUUGCCUGGUCGUGUGCUUCAUGGCCACCAGUGCGGUGCCCAUCGAGGAGUCCAUACCCGAAGGUCUCGAGGGUCCUGGCAGUGACACCUUCAACCCCUCAGACGAUCAGUCCUUCCUGCUCAAGCUGAAGCUGCUCAAGAAGCUCCUGUUCUUGGGCUAAGAGAUGAGAUUCCUCCAUGCAUUCGGCUAUGGAUGUUUUUUUUUUUUGGUAGCUUAACUUUGUGUCUAGGUUUUUUAAGAAAAUAUACAAAAUUAAAUGAAAUGCAA